AUGAAAAGGUUGGAUGCCGACAAGCCAAGAUCCUUGGGCAUCGUACUCUCCCAUGGUGCCUUUCACCUACCCUCUUGCUUUGAUGAAGUCAAAAGACGGCUUGAGGCGGCUGGGUUUUCACCUGUCAUCGCUGUCCGGCAUCCAAGCGUCGGUACGGAUCCUAAUAUAACCGUGGAAGAUGAUGGACACAAUAUACAGGUUGCGUUGGAUCCGUACUUAGACCAAGGCAAAGACUUUCUUGCCAUAGCUCACUCAUAUGGUGGAACCCCCCUUACAAUAGCAGCACAAGGCUAUUCAAAGGCGGAAAGGCAAGCCAGGGGCAUAAAAGGGGGCAUUCGCGCCGUGAUCUUCGUCACGAGUAAUAUACCUCAAAAGAAAGGCGACAGUGCGCUUAGUGUUCUACCGCCUGGGUUAGACAUUGUUGACUUUGCAAACGGAUUAGCGACGGCGAACGCCAAAGCCCGCGAAGCUUUUUAUGGCCCACAUAUGGCGGAUGAUGUGGCUGACAGUUUCAUGUCCGCACUGCUGCCUCAAUCAGAGGAGGCAUUAUUGGGCCCGGUCUCUGUUGGUUUGGAAGAUUUGACUGUACCUGCGUAUUAUGUCAUUUGCGAAAAUGACCGAGCUAUUGACCCCGAUACACAGAGGAACAUCGUCGAUAUGAUCCCAACACUCAAGCGGGUGUUGCACAACCCCGGCGGUCAUUCUGCUUUCAUUACACAUGUCAAUGAAUUUAUUGAUCAGGUUUUGGGAAUUGCUGAUGAGCUUGAGAUUUGGGAUUGA